AUGGAGACUGCGGCGGAGAAGGCGAAAGAGGCGUCAACAGCUUUAGAAAAGGGCGACUACCCUGAAGCCAUUCGACUUGCUAGGGAGAGUAUAACUACAUACACCACAGUAGCUGCACGCGAGCUGCUGCAAAGGGCUGAGACCGCACAGCACACCAACACCCCCGGGCGACCAGACACUAACAACUACAACUCAGCUAACAGAGACGAUGCUGAGAAGGCUCUCACAAUCGCCAGGAAGCGUUUGGCCGCAGGGAAGCCCAAAGACGCUAUCCGAUUUGCGAAGAAGAGCCUGGGACUUUGCAGGUAUCAUGAGCGGAGACGCACACCUAUGUAUAAGCACGUAUACAUGAAUGUUUAA